AUGGGUGGGAUGCAGGUGCUGCAGGUCUCUUCCCAGGAGCUGCCUUCCCUGGGGGGGCCUUCCCAGGGGCCGCCGGGGCCGCGGCUCUCAAGGCUGCUGCGAAAGCUGAGCCAUCCUGACCUUGUCCCUUCUUUGGCACUGUUCCGGCCACCCGCAGCUCAGCGGGUCCUGGUGGUCCUGGCGGCCUCGGGGUCUCCACAGGUGCUGUGGUACCGGGCGCGGUGCAGCCCGGGGUUGGCGCGGCAGGGAAACCCCCUAAAAUACCAGGUAGGUGCACGGCCCCAAAGCCAGGGGCCAGGGCUGGAAACCACUGUACCCGGGCCCUCAUCCCUGGAUUCCUCUUGCCUGGCAGGUGCUGGGAUUCCUGGAGCUUUUCCGGGCGGCGUGCUCCCCGGAGCAGGCAUUCGCUUCCCUGGCGUAGGGGUGCUGCCUGGAGUACCCACUGGAGCUGGAGUCAAGCCAAAAGCUCCAGGAGUUGGGGCCUUUGGAGGAAUCCCUGGACUGGGAGGUUUUGGAGGUCCACAGCCCGGUGUCCCUCUGGGGUAUCCCAUCAAAGCUCCUAAGCUCCCAGGUGGCUAUGGAUUGCCCUACACCAAUGGCCUCAGGCCCGGUGGGCCAGGAGCAGGCCUUGCAGGGAAGGCAGGGUAUCCCACCGGGACAGGAGUCGGAGCUCAGGCGGCCGCGGCAAAGGCAGCAGCGAAAUACGGAGCCGGUGUCCUGCCCGGCGUUGGCGGCAUCCCAGGAGUCGGCGGCUUGGUACCCGGUGUGCCAGGAGUUGGAGGCAUCCCCCAAGUAGGUGCUAAACCUCCCAAAUUCGGUGUGCCCGGAGUUGGAGUGCCAGGAGUUGGUGGCCUCCCAGGUGGCCUUGGAGUUGGUGGCCUCGGAGUCCCUGGGCUUGGUGUUGGAGCUGCUGGGAAACCUCCCAAGGCGGGUUUUGGUGCUGGUCUAGGGGUUGGAGUUCCCGGCUUCGGCGUGUCACCGAUAUUUCCAGGUGGGGUCGGCGCCCCGCUGGGAUUUGCUGGGAAGCCCCCCAAGGCCUACGGAGGAGCCCUCGGUGCCCUGGGCUUUAGAGGCGGCGUGGGCUGCGCAGCAGGGAAGUACUGCGGGAGGAGGCGGAAGUAACCGCGGCCGUCACCGCUGACCUCAUGAACUUUGGUGCUACUGCAUGGUCCAGAAUGUAAAUCCCGAGCAAAGCUGAGACGCCCCCCCCCUUCCCCAAAAAC